CAUUCGCAAUGGACGAACGAGAAGACGAAGAAGAACAUUUCCGUUUCAUAAACGAAAAAGGAGUUGAUGAUAUAUCUCUGGAAAUUUUCUAUAAGCCCCACACGAUAACACUUCUAACCGUUUCCAUAAUUGGACUUAUUUAUACAGCAUUUACACGAGACGACCAUGUACAAGAGUCGAACAUCUGGAGAGGGUUUCUUUGCGUUGUGUUCUUUUUUCUCGUCAUAAGCAUACUGGCUUUCCCAAAUGGUCCCUUUACACGACCCCACCCUGCGAUAUGGCGGAUGGUAUUUGGUCUCAGUGUUCUCUACUUCAUGCUGCUGGUGUUCAUACUGUUCCAAAACCGGCGCGACGUGAGACACAUGCUGGAGUGGCUUUACCCGGACCUUGUCAACCACACGCUGGCAGAGAAGGAGUAUGCAGUGAACUGUUCAGACAUCACGGUGAGUCGUGUGUGGUCGUGCGUGGACAUGUUUGCGUUCGCUCACUUUUCUGGCUGGGCUAUGAAAGCGCUACUGAUACGGCAUUACGGCAUACUGUGGACCAUCAGCAUCAUGUGGGAAAUCACUGAGGUGGUGUUUGCUCACCUGUUGCCCAACUUCCUGGAGUGCUGGUGGGACUCGUGGCUGCUGGACGUUCUCGUCUGUAACGGGCUCGGUAUUUGGGUCGGCAUGAGGAUCUGCAACUUCCUCGAGAUGAGGAACUACCACUGGGAGAGCAUCAAAGACAUUCACUCCACGACUGGUAAGAUCCGGCGCGCGGUCCUACAGUUCACCCCGGCCACAUGGACCCAUGUACGAUGGCUUGACCCCAACUCUGGCUACAUGAGACUCGUGGCAAUCACCUUUCUCAUCUUCAUCUGGCAGUUGGCCGAGUUGAACACUUUCUUCCUAAAACACGUACUAGAGGUGCCGCCACCCCAUCUGUUGAACUGGAUACGUCUGGCCCUUAUAAGUGUCAUAUCUGCACCUACCAUCAGGCAAUUCUAUGUAUAUACGACAGACACUCGAUGUAGGAGGGUCGGUACUCAAUGCUGGGUGUUCUGUGCAAUAACGUUCACCGAGGCAAUCAUAUGCGUGAAGUUUGGUCGAGAGCUCUUCAAACAGACUGAGAUCAUGUAUGUCUUCACCUGGCUAGUAAUACAGAUGCUAAGCAGCUGUCUAUGCGUGUAUCUGUGUGUGGUGUAUGCAAGGAAAUGUUGGAAGAUAUUCGACGACACCACUGACAGGUGCGUCUACGAGUCUUCCGAGUCCUCGACGCCCGUUCACCAGUCUCGCACACCACUGUCGUCACCAUUGAAGAACGGGGUCAACAAACAAACCAUGUCUGGGGCCGGAGACAAUUACAAUUUACGUAACAGGACGAAGCCCAAAAAUGGUCAUAUAUGAUCAUCAUCUCAUCUUUGCCUGUGGUCCCGUCUAGGAUCUAGACUGCUGACCAGCUUCCUCUAGGCUCUUUGUUUCAGGGCUUGACUUUUCAAGUGUUACCACGCAUUGUCCAUAUGGUCAUAUAAAUUCGCCUUAUUGGUGCAA